AUGAGCCAGACGCAUCAUAUCGGCCAGCGAAUCUCUUACGAUGGCGCGGCCUGCACCGUCCGCUUCAUCGGCGGGGUCGCGGGCACGACAGGCACCUGGUUAGGCGUCGAGUGGGAUGAUGCCUCACGGGGGAAACACGAUGGCUCUCACAAGGGCGUUCGCUAUUUCACAUGCAUAUCAAAAUCUCCCACGGCAGCCUCCUUCGUCCGCCCAACCCGCCCGGCAGACGCUCCGCAGAGCUUCCUCUCGGCCCUGCACGAGCGCUACGUGGCCGACGCCCCCGGGCAGACGCAGGGCAAGUCCAAGACGGAGAUUGUCAUCUCGGGCAAGGUCGCGCAGGAGAUGGGCUUCGACAAGAUCUGGCGGCGGCAGUCCCGGCUGCGGGAGAUGAAGAUUGUCGUCCUCGACGGCCUGAGGGUCGCCUGGGCGCGGGACGACGGCGACGUGGAUGGCGAGACAGGCGAGCCCAAGACGAUCAAGGAGACGGCGCCCAAGAUUGUCGAGCUGGAUCUGAGUCGGAACCUGUUUGAGAGGCUGGCGCCGGUGGUGGAGAUUUGUCGCGAUCUAAAGGAUUUGCAGAAGCUUGCCAUCAACGGAAAUAGGUUUCAAGAUGUCCUCACCGAUGAGGCUCUUCAAGGCGCAGAAUCCGUCUUUGGGGGCGUGACAGAGCUGCAGCUGGGAGAGACGCUGCUGAGCUGGCAGGAGCUGUGUCUCAUUGCCAGCAAAUGCCCGUCUUUGUCCUCCCUCCUCGUAGGAUCGAACCAGCUGGCGACUCUGCCACCUACAGGCGGAUUAAGCUUACCAUCGACUCUGACAUCCAUCAACCUGGAAUACAACGACUUCACAAGCCUGUCAGACAUUGCCUACCUCACAUCACUCAACGCCCUUCGCCAUCUACAGCUCAAGGGAAACAACAUAUCAGCAAUAACCGCCUCGGCCGACUCCUCCUCCCCCGUCGUCGUCUUCCCUCCCUCCGUGCAAUACGUCGACCUCUCUUACAACAAGAUUGACGGCUGGGACUUUGUCGACAAGCUGCCGGCCGCGUUCCCCGGCAUGACGGGCCUCCGCAUCACGCACAACCCCAUCUACUACUCCUCCAUGGACGCCGACUCCAACGCGCAGUCCUCGGACGAGUCCUUCAUGUUCACCGUCGCCCGCAUCGCGCAGCUCAGGACGCUCAACUUUACGCACAUUUCCGCCAUGGACCGCACCAAUGCCGAAAUGUUCUACCUCUCGCGCAUCGCGAAGCAGCUCGCCACCGUGCCCGAAGCCGCGGAGGAUUCCAUCAAGGCGUUGCAUCCGCGGUACAAUGCGCUGUGCGAGGCGUAUGGCGAGCCGGAUGUCAUUCGCCGCGAGGAGAUUAACCCCAAUUUCCUCGAAGCUCGCCUCGUCACCACCGAGUUUCACUACGAGGACGCUCCGGAAGGGUCGAAGAAGACGAGGACCGUCAGGAUCCCCAAGUCGUUUGACAUUUACGCCGUCAAGGGCAUCGUGGGCAAGAUGUACGGCUUGAAGCCCCUCAAGCUACGUCUCAUCUGGGAGACGGGCGAGUGGGAUCCUGUGGCAGGAUAUGACGAAAAGGGCGGCGACGAUGAUGAUGAUGAUGAAAGUGACAAUGAGGAAGAGCUGGUGGAAGCGGACGGAGACAGCCAGACGGCAGCAGACGGCGCAGCCGAUGACCAGGCAGGGCGGUGGGUAAAGAGGGAAGUUGAGCUGACGGAUGGGCCCAAGCAGCUGGGGUACUGCGUCGACGGGUUGAGGGCAAGGAUCAGAGUUGAGGCAUCACGCAGCAAUUAG